CAGUCUAUUCCGGUAAUUUCCCAUGUUUUAAUUUCCUAUCUUGACAGUCACGUUUUUUGUUCUAGAAAUUCAAUAAACAUGGAUCACAAGUCUGAAGACUUGUUACAAGGUGAAGGUCAGACAGAAAUGAACAACCAAUCGGAUAACAGUUUACUAGAUGAAAACCAGUCAGCCAUCAAUGAUUCUAGAAGUAAGAUGCAUUUGUCACAGGAUGAGCAACCAGACAGUCCUACAUUUCCAAGUGUACCAGCCACUGCUGAUAUUUCUGCAAAAAUUCCAUUUUCUAAAGAGUUUGUGGGUGGUGAAGUGAAUGACAGUGAAGUGAAUUCUAGUAAUGCAGAUUCUUUUACAGAGAACCGGUCUAUUGCUGGAGGUGGUGAUGAUGAUGACAGUAAUGUGUCAAAUUCUGUAAAUGUAGAAAACAUAGGAUCAAUUACUACACAGACUGAGUCAACCGAAUUGUCCAUUCCUGAACAGAAUAAUGAAACAAAUAACAAAAAUGUACCAGAAAAGCAAACCGAACUUGAAAAUUCUAAGAUAAGUAGUGAUGAAAUUACAACAGAUGUGCGUACCGAGAAUGCAAGAGAAAAUAAUGACACUUUGAACUCCGAUUUAAUUGACGAUAAUGCUGUGCCUGAAGAACUAUCCAAUAAAGCUGGCAGUGUGGUGAAUACAACUUCUGAAAGUAUGAUGGACAAAGAGUUACCCAAGUUUGACGAAGUGAGCAAAGAUAUCGGAGUAGAAAAGAACUCUAACAGUAAUGCCCAAGAAAGUUAUCAUGAUUCUAGAACAGAGGAUGCAAGUAUGAAUGGAGUGAAUGAACAAGGAGAGGAUGGACUGGAUGAGUCGCAGAACGCUGAAAACACGAGCACAGAGUCUACACAGAAUGAGGACAGUACAACUGCAACAACCGAAGAGAAAACCGAUCCCACGGAAGAGAAAUCCGAUCCCAUAGAUGAAUGGAUGGACAUACUUGGAAAUGGCCUUCUCAAAAAGAAGGUUCUGAAGUCUGGAGAAGGUCGCUCAAGUCGACCGAAGGCUGGAGAAACUGUUUUCUUAAAAACCGAGGGAAAGUUGGAUGAUGGAACUGUGAUUGACAAGUUUGAAUCUGUGUCCUUCAUUUUGGGAGAUGGAGAUGUCAUACAAGCGUGGGACCUUGCCGUCUCGUUGAUGGAUAUGGGAGAGAUCUGUGAACUGGUGACACAUUGCAAGUAUGCUUACGGCUCAGUGGGGAGAGACAACAUUCCUGGUGAUGCAGCCAUCAUCUACACACUGGAGCUGGUUAAGAAAGAGCCUGGCUUAGACCUGGAUUCCAUGUCAGUCGAAGAGAGAACUCAGAAAGGUGAAGCUAAGAGGGAACGUGGUAACCACUUGUUUUCCCGAAAAGAAUUCCAAGCAGCUAUAAACUCGUACACUAAGGCUCUGAGGAUUCUUGAGCACCAGGCAAGUACACACAAUGUGGAUCCCGACGCACUGAAGAACUUGUCAAACAGUCAGAUCAAGUGUUACAACAACUUGGCCGCGUGUCAGCUAAAGAUAGAGGCGUACGAUGCUGCUAUCAAGUCCUCAAACAAAGUCUUAUCCAAUGAACCAGACAAUGUGAAAGCUCUUUUCAGAAUUGGAAAGUCAUACAGUUGUAAGGGUGAUUGUGAAAAUGCAGAGCCGUAUUUGCGCAAGGCCCUUUCAUUGGACCCGCAGUCAAAGAUGCUUCACCGAGAGCUUGCCUGGGUCACAAGAAAAAUAAAGCAAGACAGUGCCUCCCAGAAAGAGAUGUACCGACGCAUGAUGGGUGUUGAUAAAAACACACCCAAAAAGAAACAAAACAAGUGGUGGAAGAUGCCUCUGGUUAUUGGAAGUAUUAUUGCAGGAACUCUUGCAGUGCUUGGAGCCAUUUACCGCACAAGUCAGCACUGAAACUAAACUCCUCUGACAUUGUUAACUUGUUCAUCUUGCAACUCAGCCAUCCAUUACUACAGCAAGAUGCAGAACUGUUUGUGAUAUCUGUAUAUAAUCGAUUGCAAGAUUUCUACCAUAAUUUAUCUAGACCUGUAUUGAAAUGCCAUUGGUGAUUCGAUAUUUGAGAAUUAUUUCAAAUUUUUAUUUUCGUUUAACAGGUAUAUUACUGUCAUUCAUAUCGGCAUUGUAUCAAAUUUGUUUUUAGGUCAUUCUAAUUUAGUCACGUGUUUCAAGACUACCCAGAGUUUAUGUAGUAAGUUUUCAACAUAUAGCAGUACUUUAUGUAUUUUAUGCAAAUAUUCAUCUUUUGGUCUUGUGUUUAUGGAAAUAUGAUGGAUCAAGUUUUGAAUGUUAUUAAAUUGUCAUUUUAAAAAAAAUUGAUCUUUGAAUUAACAUUUUUGUCUAUUUUAUUUUAUGCCUCUGAAAAUUUCAUGACUAAUCAUUUCAUCAAUGCGAUGCUUUUACUUACUUAAUCCCCUUCAUGCUAAGAAGCCCAUAAGACUGUAACCAGAGAGCGUCACUGCUGCCGGUCUUUUGCCAGCUUCUCCAGCAGCCCCCAGCUCAGACUGCCCUCUCAGAUUUCCUUAUCUACUGUCCUCCUCCAUGUUUCUUUCGGUCUCCCUCGUUUCCUUUUUCCAGGAGGGGUCCAUCGGAGUGCCACUGUUUGAGACAUUCUGAUGACAUGGCCAAUCCAGCGCGAUGCUUUUAGGGGCGUUCUUAUUAAGCGAUCUAAUAAAUCGGAACAACAUUAGUCAUAUACACAUACGAUUACAGUUGCUACAACAAAUUGCAUGUGAAUAAUAGCAUAAAGUGAAUGCCAUUUUUGCAAGCCUUGUUUUGCAUGACCUAUUUUCUGUUUGAGCAUAAAAUGUAGGACAUGAUGUACAUGGUCAUAAUGGGUUAUACAAAUGGAAAUUGGUUACCUCAUUGUUUUUGUGUAACCCAUAAAUUGAAAUGGGUUACCUCAUUGUUUUUGUGUAACCUGUAAAUGGAAAUGGGUUACCUCAUUGUUUUUGUGUAACCCGUAAAUAGAAAUGGGUUACCUCAUUGUUUUUGUGUAACCCAUAAAUGGAAAUGGGUUACCUCAUUGUUUUUGUGUAACCCGUAAAUGGAAAUGGGUUACCUCAUUGUUUUUGUGUAACCUGUAGAUUUUCUAUUCUCAGAGGCCUAUUGGUAUUAUUAACUGUUGUAUAUAAACUACACACUGUUUUAUGUUUUUUUGUCAGAUGAAAAGAAUAAACCACAAUGUUAAUUAGUAAGAAGGUUUGUGACAGUUUAUGCUGGCGAUAUUUGAGAUAAAAUCUCAGGAUCAAGUUGUAGGUUUUUUUUAAAGUAGAUGAAGUCCUGAAUUAAAAAUACUACUAUUAAGGAAGUGCCUAGUAAUGAACUAUAAAUGCCAUAGUGUAAAACAGUUUUGGUUUAUUGUUAAAUUUGUAAACAUGUUAAAUUUUUAAUGAUCUUUAUGCCUCGGAAAACAUUGUCAUGGUGUGCUUGCUUUUUAUCAAGUUUAUGCUGAAUAGUCUGUGUUGUGCAUAUGUGAAAGUCAUACUAAUAAUUAGUAAAAGUGUUAUUUUAUAUGUAAACUACGUAUAUAAGAUAAUUAUUCUAUGUUUAAACUGGAAUUAAGUUGCUUAAAGAAUAGAAAAUGGCAUUUUAACAAAGGUGACUGUUUAACCAAUUUCAAAUGUAGUAGCAAAACAAAGUAACCAUUUUUAAUGGAAAAAUAAAAUACCAAAAAAGAAAAGAAAAAAGAAUCAAACAAAACUGAAUAGGGGUGCAUUAUAUGAAAGUAAACAUUUUCAGUUUUUGGGGGGUUAACUGUUUGAAAACUAGAACAUAUAUUAUGUUUGUUAGCAGCUGGUUCUGCAGAUUUCAUUCAUUUUAAAGUAUUACAUCGAACAUACAUAUGCUAGCACUACAACCAAACAAUUUACUGUAUCCAGGCCUUGACCUUAACAUUUUUCAGUGGUAGCCCACCGGGCUACCAGGUUAUGAAAUCUGGUAGCCCUCGGUAAAAAUUGGUAUCACCAUAAUUUUAAUAAUACUUUUUUUUAAAAGAUAAAAAAAAGAAAAAUCAUCUCUACUGAACAAACUGAAAAACUUGACACACAUUAUUUGUUCUCUGAUAACCUCACAACGAUAUGUAUAUUCAUUAAUGCAGACAUUUGUCGAUGGGAGGGAUGUGAUAAAGAGCAAAACACAAUAUGUCAUUGCGAUGUUUAAUUGUGUAACAUGUUAUGGCUUGAAAUGUUGAAGGAGGUCCAAAUCAACAUUCACAUGAUUUCAGAUGAACGCAUUAUGCAGUGUCAGUAUCGCGUGUGACCUCCAUGGGCUUGGGUAACUGCCCGACACCAUCUUCUCAUGGAUCUCAGCAAUCGUGUGAAACAUUGAACCGGAAGUCACCUCCAUUCAGCCACCAGCGCCUGUCCCAAUGCCUGCAGUGUCUGAGGUGCGUUAACACGGUUUCUGACACAUCUUCCGAGCUCAUCCCAGACAUGUUCAAUUGGAUUCAUGUCGGGUGAUCAGGCUGGCCAAGCCAUGACUGGGAUACUUAAUAAUGGGUGAAAUAAUAACAUAAUAUUUUGAUUCUGGAUAAAUAUGUGUAGCAUGUACAUAGAAUAGUAUUCCGGCACAUUGGUGUCAUCCCUCCCUCACUUUAUCUCCCUCUCCGCACCUCCCCCCAUUUCUCCCCAACUCUAACAUUUAAAACACCCUAGGAUAUCCAGCCUGUGAUGGAAGUUGUGCAGGUUGUUAUGUUUCUUGAUGAUGUAAGCUACAGCUCCAUUUUGCCAUUUCGUUUAUUCCCAUGAAGUUGCUUCAUUACGUUAGGAAAUGUAUUUCGAUAGAUUGCUUACUGUGGUAUAUUUAUUAUCUGUAGAUUCAAAGUACAUGUAUCAUGUGUUAUCUUGUAUAUAAAAAAUGCCCAUCCAUAUAGAAAAAGAACAACAUACCUUGCAAGCUGCGAAUUAAACAGAAUUCUGUACUUCUACAAAUACCACAUUUUGGGUCAGAAGUGUAAAAUUAUGAGAUGGAAUCGCAAAAUUUGUAGAUUACAUCAUUUUAUGAUUCUUGCAGAAUCCUAAAAAAAAAUCUCGAAAAUUAAUGCCUGCAUUGUAUUUUCUUUGUAUAUAUGUGGAUAACGUAUGUUGCUGAAAGGUUGAUAUUUUAUACUGUUUUGUACAAGUGUUUGUGUGUGUUGAAUACAUUUCAUAAAUUAUAGUGUGAGUAUAUAUUCAAAGAUGAAGGCAUGAAAAUAAAUGAUUCAACAUUA